GAAGGAAGAAGAGGAAGAGAGAGAAAAGAACAAAGAAGAGAAGAAGAAGAAGAAAAGAAGGAGGAAGGAGAAGAAGAGGAAAAAUCACACAAACACCACAAAAAUGAGACGAAAACAAAUACAAAACACACAUUAAUAGCAGCAGGAGGAGCAGGAGCAGGAGCAGCAGUCGUCACAGCAGGAGGAGGAGGAGGAGGAGAAGGAGGAGGCGUGAACGAACAAGAGAAGAAUGGGUGGAAGGUGAACUGUACCCCCCCAGCGAUAGAGCAGUUCCCAGGGGCUUCCUAUCCCCAGACGCGAGGAAGAAGGGAGGGCUGAUUAUUCACAUCAUAAUCACAAUCUACAUGUUUUUAGGAAUCGCUAUUGUUUGUGAUGAAUAUUUCGUACCUUCGCUUGAGAUGAUUUGUGAUGCCCUGAGCCUGGCAGAGGACGUGGCAGGGGCGACAUUCAUGGCAGCUGGUUCCUCUGCCCCCGAACUGGCCACCUCUGUCAUCGCUGUCUUCGUUGCAAAGGACGACAUAGGGAUCAGCGGCGUCAUUGGAUCAGCUGUGUUCAAUAUAAUGUUUGUCAUCUCCGUGUGUGCUCUGUUCGCCGGCCAGGUCAUCUCCUUAAACUGGUGGCCUCUUAUUAGGGACUCCACUUUCUACUGCCUCUCCAUCUGCGCGCUCCUCCUCACCAUCUACGACGAGGAUGUGACGUGGUACGAGUCAGUGUUUCUGCUUCUACUGUACUGUCUGUAUAUCUUCAUGAUGUACCACAACACGCGAAUGGAGGCCUGGGCGAACACUCUUAACGUGCCCUUCAAGACUGCCACGAGGGAAGAGAAGUCCUCCCUCUUUGGCACCAAACCUGUAGCCCCUGUCACGGAGGCUGCAACUGUGGGAGGUGACGUAGAAGGAGCAGGUGUGGAAGGACAGAUGCAAGAAAGAGAACCAUUGAUGAAAAAUUAUGGAGCUACAGCUGAUGGAGAGGAGGCGCCCAAGCCCCCUCCCGCCCCCACAGAGGUAGAAGCAGCCACUACUAAGAGCAUGGCCCCUGAAAUGAAGGACGACGACUGGAGCCCCUGGGAAGUACCGGUGGGGGUCUGUGAGAGGCUGUACUGGGGCCUAUCUCUCCCCUUAGUCGCUCUUCAUCACUUCACCACGCCAGACUGCAGAAGACCUAGAUUCAGACGUUGGUAUUUGGUGACCUUCUUCAUGAGCAUGGUGUGGAUAGCUGCCUAUUCCUAUUUGAUGGUGUGGAUGAUUACUGUGAUAGGCUUCACGCUGGGCAUCCGUGACACCAUCAUGGGCCUGACCUUGGUGGCCGUGGGAGUGUCAGCCCCCGACGCACUCUCCUCUCUCUGCGUGGCUAAACAAGGUUUUGGCGACAUGGCAGUCAGUAACGCCAUAGGGAGCAACGUGUUUGACAUCCUCUUGUGUCUCGGCUUGCCUUGGUUCCUCCGCACUGCUAUUGUGUAUCCUGGCAGCACUGUCCCUGUAGAGAGCAGAGGUUUAAUGUACUCAACCCUCUCGCUCUUCUCGACCGUGAUCUUCCUUAUCGUGGCCACGCAUCUGAACGGCUGGAAACUGGACAAGAAGUACGGUGUUGUCCUAAUGAUAUGGUAUUUGAUCUUCAUGGUCUUCGCAAGCCUUUAUGAACUUAAUGUGUUCUCGAACCUGAAUCCGCCUCAGUGUCCCAGCGACUAUUGAGAAGGCAGGAGUGUUGGACGAAGGAGGAGGAGGAGAAGGGGGAUAAGAUAAUGAAGAAAGGAGAGAGAUAAGAUAAUGGAAAAGGAAAUAGGAAGAAUUAGAGAAGGUAAGAACAGGAAUAAUUGAUAAUGAAGGGGAGGAGGAGGAGGAGGAAGAGAAGGAGGAAUAGGAGAAAGGAGAGAAGGAUUUGAGUGUAUAAGACGAAAUAAAAGAUAAUGAAGAUUUGAG